CGGACUCCGACUUGCUUUUUUUGUAGAUGAAAAAUUAUACCGUGGACCUCCCCUGGUACAGCGUACAAAUGAGCCAUGAGCGACGAUUGGUUGUAAAUACCUCAAUUAUUAUUAUUAUUUAAAAUUUUUGCUACUGUGGCAUCAGAUCUUGCGUGACAAUUGAGUUGAGUAUGCCUUGACUUUUUUUAUCUUGCUCCCUGAGGACAUUGACGGUAGGAUGACUCAAGAGCAUAACAGACGUCGCACACGCCCACGAUCUCGAAACCGCAGCGUUAAUCACUCUCCCAUUGAGCUGCCUUCAUAUCCCGUCAACUGCACGCGCAGUCCAGCUCCUAGAACGACCCCUGCCGCCUGCGAUUCACUCGACUCCAUCUCGAUACCCCUCGCCCCGACCUGGCAUUCUGGGUAUACAACAUGGCAGAAGCGUGACCGCACGCUACGGCUAGAGGUCUUACAGCUGGAGGCCGACCAAUGUCGUCUUUUUGGAGGUGAACCGGGGGAUGACGUCGGACUUUGCUAUCGCAUGCUCGAAUAUUUCGGUGGACUUGAUUAUAUCGACUGCUCACAGAAUAAAAGCCUUUGCCGCCUUAACCACCCUUACCAUCACAUUUAGAAUGUUGGGA